AUGCCUCGGGAUGUGGUGCAAACAGCCUGCAAGCACUGCCGCAAGAAGCGAUCAAAGUGCGACGGCCAAAUCCCUUGCCAAAGAUGUGAGGAAGAUGGUGAAGUGUGCUCGUACGACUAUAAUCGACGGGAAUCAAAAGACAACUUACGAGCCGAAAUCGAGCGAUUGAAGAAAAUCAAUGAAGAAAAUCAAAAGCUACUCAGUGACUUAGCCUCCGAUAAAGAAUCCGGCGCUUAUCAGACCACUUUUAAGCGUUCGACAGAUUGUAGCAGGUCUCAUAAGAAGGACUUUAAGGAAGAGGAAGGCAGUGACUACAGCGCUGGCCCGUCACGAACUGCCAAACGGCGACAGCGACGAGCAUCUUCCACCACAAGCAAUGAGAAAUUAGCCGACUCACCUUGUUUCGGCCAACUACGGUCGUGGAAGUCGUGUUACCCUAGGUUCGACGAUGAUGACCUCUCAGGCAACACAACCAAUCGAGCGACUAGUUGGUCCCUUCCACCACUCCCACUUGAUGCUUAUACGUCCCACUCGCAAACAGAUACAUGGACCCAAACUGGGUGGACAAGGGCUCAUAUACACCACCUGUUUGAUGCUUUAUUUACAUGGGAAUAUUUACCAUUCAGUCUUCUAACAUAUGACCUAUUCUUGCGUGAUUUUCAUAGCGGUUCUACUCGAUUUUGUUCGUCGACACUGGUACAUGCUAUACUCGCACUGGCGACCCGGCUGGUCAACGAAAAGAAGGACGACACAGGAGUCCCUUCUUCUGGAUGGCUUAGAAGCAAAAUAUUCUUCGACGAAGCCAAGUCUGAGGUUCAAAAUGGUGGAUCGCUGUCCGACAGGCUUCCAGAUAUUCAAGCGCUCGGGAUACUGUCACUCUAUGAAUUCCGUUGCGGACAAGAGUUACAAGCUCAAACACUUGCCCAGGAAUUUCUAAGUAGCAUCACAGAGUACUGUCAGCGUAAAUCUACAAUGGGCGAGGAGGGAGACGUGCAGUAUACCAGAGUACGGACCAGUACAUAUUGUGGUGCUGUAUCAUUAAGUCGGUACGCUUCAGAAUGA